AUGGACAGUGACAUUGCAGCGUGUGAACAAAAAUUGGGAAAGGAACCACAGAUCGGAACGAGCCUGAACCAAAAUCAGAACGUUACGAUGAGCAAAAAUAUCGCAGAUCGAUUGCAAAGCGCUGGUACGGUGGACAGUGAUCGGUUAGAUAAUUAUGACAAUUAUUGGAUGAACAAGCUCGCUUGCAUCGACGAAUCGCACUCCGUACGUAAUAAUUUGGAUAUUGAAGAAGUCGAGCAGAAAUUACAAAGCAUUCUCAAGUACACGCAGUCUUCUGAUGUCAAAAGAGACUUUAUUUCUGAAGAGAUAUCGGAAAAGGACAGAGUGAGUACGGAAUAUAAUUCAGUACAGACAGAAGUACGUAAUCUUUCGAGAGGGUGGGUUGUCGAAGAAUUAGGCGGUACUUAUUCAUACCUGGCGCCCAGUCCAUCCUCAUCACCGGAAGGUUGCACGAGAAGACAAGACACGAGUGAGCAGAGAAGGGGCGAAUCAAGAGACUCGGUAGAGUCUCGGGACAAGCACAUUGACAGCCCUGUCGUCUGCUGUUGUAUCUUCUUGCAAACAUCUCGUACAAAUGAUGGUAGAUAUCGAGGCACAAGGGCUUUUGCUGUUUCAGUUUCACUUUUGAAAACUGCUGCGUCGGUAAAGGAGUGCUUCGAAAUGUCUCCAGGACAUACCCUAAGAUGUAGCUCGAUGGUCGAGAAUUUUGUCGAAGAGGUUGAUCGUUUGAUGUACGACGCUGUACGAAAAGAUCCUUCAGCAAGUUAUCAGCUGUCCGACAAAAAGUUAACGUAUGCAGAACGAUUCAAACGCGAUUUCAAAUUCUAAGCGAUCCUCCGAACUUCAGCAAUACUAUAGAGAUUAUUUAGAUUUCUGAUCUAUGUGGAUUAAAUUUAUAAAAUAACAUAUAUGUAUUUUCUAAAUCAUAAAAAAAUGUAAUUGCCACGAGCAUCGGUGGUUCAGUGGUAGAAUGCUCGCCUGCCACGCGGGCGGCCCGGGUUCGAUUCCCGGCCGAUGCAAUUUUUUUUUUUUUUUCGAUGAGUUUUUGACUAAUUAAACUUUCGUGAGAUUUUAUUGCAUAGUUUAAGUAUUAUUAUAAACAAAAUCAUCUACAAAAACACAUUCGAUCUAUCAAAGAACCAAAUGAAUGGAGAUAUUCUACUGAACAUUGAUAUAACCACGGAUUUAAACGUUAUAUAGAUUUGAUUCUCAGCGCAGUUUGAGCGCAACAAGUGCCAAGAAACGCGCUCUCUCGAAAUCUUGCUUCAUUUUUACCUUAUGAUCGAGUAAACCUUCUGCGAAUGAAAAAUGGUUAAAAAAGACACUAUACCCAAGCACAUUCUACACAAAUUUGUUAAUAAAGACCGUAUUAUUGGUGUUUAAUAAAGUGGUAACGUCUAGAACGAAUAAUAAGCAUAGCUUGGAAAAACAAAGAUUUUGUAUCCCUAAGAUAUACAGGGCCAGGCAACAACUAUUAGCAGAAGAAAUAUUUUCUGUUCUGCCAGACUUAAGCAAAAACUUUUCCAAUAAAAAUUGCAUAGUUGCA